AUGGUUAAGAUGCACAAAAUCAUCGGUUUCGCCCCGAGCCUGCUACAGAUUGUCAUGAACAAUCAGGUGGAGGUGCCAGUGCGCCAGUCUGGUGGCAUCUACUUGAAGAACAUGGUGGCGCACAGCUGGCGGGACCCCACAUACAAUCUUAAGCACACACCUGGCAAGGUGAUGCCCUUCCACAUCCACGAGCAGGACUGCGCCGUGCUGCGAGACACGAUCGUGGACGCAGCGUCCAUCAUUAGCAAGAAGGCGGCAGAGGGGCUGAGGGCGCUGGUGUUGGACGUUAAGUACGGCUCCGGGGCAUUUAUGAAGGAGUUCGACGAGGCGCGUGACACAGCGCAGCUACUGGUAAACACUUCCAAAGGAAUGGGGAUCAGCACCGCCGCCCUGGUCACCAACAUGGACUCGCCCAUCGGGCGGGCGGUCGGUAACGCGCUGGAGGUGGCCGAGUCCAUCGCCUGUCUGCGAGGGGAGGGCGCCCCGGACCUGGUGGAGCUGGGUUGCCGCCAGAUGGCCACCGCCCUCCACGACGGCUCGGCGCUGGACAAGUUUCAGCAGAUGCUGGAGAGCCAGGGUGUUAGCCAGCAGAGCGCGCGGCAGCUCUGUCGCGGCGACCCGUGGAGUGUGCUGACCAAGGCGGACCACGUCGAGUCCGUGCCGGCCACCGCUACUGGAUAUGUCAGCAAUAUCGACGCCAUGACGGUGGCUCAGGUGUGCCUGUCGCUGGGCGCCGGCCGCAGGAAGGCCGCUGACACCGUCGAUCAUCGUGUGGGCGUCACGCUCGCCGUCCGUCCCGGCGAACGCGUGCAAGCCGGCCAGGCCUGGGCCCAGAGGAAAGAAGAGGACCGUGACGAGUCGCUGCGCCUCCCCGGGGCCGCUUCCAACAAAUCAAGAUAG